AUGCAGGGUCAGACGAGGACCAGCACGGUCAACUCCUCCGUCUCGACCUUGUCCGUGGCAAAAGCCAAAUCCGAUUGUCAGGAGGUCUACCUGCAAGGGGUCGAGCUCUCUCAGAACAUGUUCGUGCUCAAGCAUCUCCGGAAUUUCCACGAGUAUGACAAGACCGGCGCCGGUACCAUAUCAAUUCCAGAGAUGAAGGCUGUGCUGAGAACCACCACCAUCGGCUUGACGGAAAGGGACCUGAAAAGCGUUCUCAAACAGGUGGAUGCUGACGGAGAUGGGUCUGUAAGCUUCUCGGAGUACCUACGUUUGGCGCAGAAACUGGUGGAGAUGCAGAACAAGACCAAGGGCAAGAGCUCGCGAAUUCCGAGGAUGUAUUUAGAGCCUGCCGCUCUCAAGCAGUACACAGACCUCUUUGAGGGAGCUGCAGGAGAGGACGGAGCGAUCAGCCUCAAUCAGCUUCAGGAGUUUUUGCAGCAGCACAAAAUGGCGAUAAGCGAAGAGCGCUUGACCAGUAUCAUGAAGGAGGUGGACGACGAUGAAAGUGGUGUGCUAGAGCUGGAUGAGUUCCUGAUUCUGCUGAUUAAGGCUUUGGGAAUCAAGAGGAGGAAGGUCGGGCCAGAGCAGAAUCCCGCAUCGCAACUGCGUCAAGAGGGCUGGGCCCUCGGGGAGCUAAAGAAAGUUGGCUACGAUUGUGCGGCACUGCGGGAGGCUGGCUUCAGUGCUGCGGAUCUCAUGGAUGUUUGCACGGCUCGAGAGCUCUUCUUGGGCGGCGUGCCUGUGCCUGAAUUGCUUGCAGCAGGUUGGGACUGUAGACAUGCCAAGGACCUGAGCAUGGCCCUGGCAGUGGGAAGCCGGGUAGUUGUCCUCGAUGGACGCCACUUUGAAGGAUUCCGGUCUGGAAGCAGAGGUACCGUCAUCGAUGUGGAUCGCGAGUCGGGAUGCUGCCGGGUGGCCUUCGACGACAGCCCUUCCGUACCCGUGAAGGUUGCCAUCCGACAUCUGGGAGCGGAAGUGUCCGGCGGAGGGUCACGCGUUCCAGUGUUUGCCCGAGCCGGCAAGGAGCUUUGCGCUGAAGACCAGGCAGGAGAUGCUCUGGGAGAGGCCAUCCGGGCCUGUGCCGAGGCAACAACAUCUCUGUGCGCUGCAAGCAUGAUGGAGGUGGUCGCGGUGAGGCAAGACAUGCGAACGCUUGACAAGGACUUGCCGUCGAGCGAGCAGCUCGCAGCUCGCAUGUCCAGGCUAGAGCAGCGCGUUCAGGCGCUGGAUGAGGGCUUGGGCCGCACCUUGCCAAAGGAACGUGUCGAGGCGAAGCUGGCAGACCGAAUUUCCAGGCUGGAGCAGUUGCAAGUUUCGCAACCCAUCCUGGACAAAGUGGGAUUCGGUGGCGCAGCUGCAGCUGAGGCGCUUGCAGAGGACAUGCGGCAACAGCAGAGAGCCCUCCAAGACCUGAAAUCCCAGUUUGAGCGCAGCUUGAGCCAAUUGGCAGAGCAGCUCCAGGAGGUGGUGAGAUCCCAGAGCCGCCUUCAGACCGAGAUCCAUUCACAGGCUCGUCCACAUGUCGAGCCUGGCUACAGCAGCGCUUUGAGGACGCUGACUGGCAAUGUGGAAGACCUCAAAAGCUUGAUGGAGCACUCGCCUCUGCACGGAAGAACUCGGAUUGACGGCCAGUCUCCAGGCACCGGCGGUGCAGCCUCGCCUCAGACGCUCAGGCCAACAGCUUCCCCGGCGGCCUCGAGCACCGGCGCAUUCCACUUCACCAGUGCCCAGGCCUUCUGCGUCAAAUGCGGAAGCCAACAUGCAGCAGACGAGAUCUUCUGCCGCAAGUGCGGCCACAAGAGAGAACAGGCUUCCGCGCAGGAAGCCGUACUGGUCGAGGCCUCGAGUCCCAAUCUACUGCGCUCAAGGUAG